GAUACGCCAGACUUCAGGUGAAUUUUCGGAAACUGUUGGUUUUAGUGAGCACAUCAGAAGCCAAUAGCUGCCGUGUGGCCAAUCAGGAUUCGCCGUUGUGCCUUUUGAGGCUAUAUUACAUUGCUGUGCGCCCAGUCUUUCUAGCGCGCCUGUCGACUUCGUAUCCUUAUAGCACAAUUGUCCAUAUUCUACCCCCCCCCCCCCCGCCCCCCCACAUCACCACCACCACCGCCAAGAAGAAAACAACAACAACAGAAUCCGCGGUCACGGCUCCCAAAGCCCGAUGUGCCACCGUUGCCGGGGAUCAGUGGGAACAUUGGAAGACCAGCGAGAUAGCGAGAGCGGCGCAGAAGCCCCCGAACGAACAUGAUGCUAACGAGAAUUGUGUUAGUGGGACUGGUCUGCUGUUCUCUCGUCUCGUCUGCCAGGGCGUGUGGACCGGGCCGGGGUUAUGGGAGAAGGAAGCACCCCAGAAAACUCACCCCUCUGGCCUACAAGCAAUUCAUCCCGAACGUGGCAGAGAAGACCCUGGGUGCCAGUGGAAGAUACGAGGGGAAGAUUACCAGGAACUCGGAGAGAUUUAAAGAAUUGACACCCAAUUACAACCCAGACAUUAUUUUUAAGGACGAAGAAAAUACGGGAGCUGACAGGCUGAUGACACAGAGGUGUAAAGAUAAAUUGAACUCUCUGGCGAUCUCGGUGAUGAACCAAUGGCCCGGGGUGAAGCUACGAGUGACCGAGGGCUGGGACGAAGACGGACAUCAUUCAGAGGAGUCCCUACACUACGAGGGCAGAGCUGUGGACAUCACCACCUCCGACCGGGACAGGAGCAAGUAUGGCAUGUUGGCAAGACUGGCUGUCGAAGCGGGCUUCGAUUGGGUGAACUACGAGUCCAAAGCCCACAUCCACUGCUCGGUGAAAGCAGAAAAUUCAGUGGCUGCUAAAUCUGGAGGCUGUUUCCCUGCCUCAGCGAGAGUCAAUCUGGAGAACGGCGACACCAAACAAGUCAAGGACCUGACGCCGGGAGACCGGGUACUGGCGGCGGACGAGCGGGGCAACCUCCUCUACAGUGACUUCGUCAUGUUCUUGGACAGAGCUGAGGAGGUGGAGAAAGUUUUCUACGUGAUCGAGACACGAGAACCUCGCCGCAAACUCGCCCUCACUGCGGCCCAUUUACUUUUCGUCGGGCACGCUACGAACGAGGGGCAACUCGGACUGAAGGCAACUUUCGCCAGCAAGGUGAGGUCGGGACAGCUGGUGUACAUCACGGACGGAGACAGUCACCGGCUGCGACCCGCCAGAGUCGACAAGGUUUACCUGGAGGAGAUGAUCGGUGCUUACGCUCCGCUGACUAUGCAGGGCACGUUGGUGAUCGACCAGGUCCUCACCUCUUGCUAUGCAGUGAUAGAGGAACACUCGCUGGCUCACUGGGCUUUCGCCCCUGUACGGAUGAGGUACACGGCCAGAUCUUUACUCCUGCCCAGCGACCCACCAGCGGUCAACUGUACUGUCCAAGCAGUUGGGGUUCACUGGUACUCCAGCGCCCUGUAUCAAAUAGGCAGGUGGGUACUGAAUGGCGCGUCCAUCCAUCCUUUGGGAAUGGCGCUAGACUCCAGCUGAAAUGGUUCACCCGCAUCCAGACUUUCACAAACAGAACCCGCUCAAAGUCAAAUCAAACAAAAGCCGAGUUUCCACAAGAAGAUUUCCAUGGGGAUAUUUAUUUCGUUUUUGCUUUAUUUUACCUCCCUUGUUUCUCUUGCCUGUUGUUGAUAUCGUCUUCUUGUUUAACGGAAAAGAAACUGGAACUUUGGAAAGCCUUAAAACUCCGUCAAUAAUUUAUUCCUCGGUGACCCCACCAGAACGGAAACUAUUUUGUGUGGUCAGUCAAGGAGAAGAAUAUAUUUUUCUAUCUGUUUUUUGUCCCGUGCAGCAUUCUACAAACGUUUGCAACGAAUUAUCUUGUUGUUUUUUGUAAUCUCUUCUUCCCGCUCUCAUUUUUUUUUUAAUUUCUCUAGUCUUUUGGACAACGCUACACUUCGUU